AUGGCUACCAAGGGUUUCAAAAUGGCUGAGGUCAUAUCAAAAGAAGGCACCAACGAUGAGGCAACUAUGGGUAAAGCGCAUGCCGUCAAAAGAGAAUACUGGAAAGAUCCUUAUUUAAAGAUAUUUUGCACAUCAUCUACUCCAAGAGCCCCAGAGAUCAGCAGAGGAUACUUUGUUCGCGUACAAACCUUUAAAGCAAUUGCAUUGCAUUUCUCGAAGCAAAAGUUUUACAACCGAAACUGUCAAAUAGUUAAUCUUGGAGCCGGUUCUGAUACCCUAUUCUUUCAAUUAAACAAUUCCCUACUUUCGCCCCUCAAGUACUUAGAAAUUGAUCUGCGUGAUAAUAUUCGGAAAAAAAAGUUUCAGAUCAAAGAAGCCCUAAAACGAAAUCAGUUUUUGACUCUUGAUGAACCCGAUUCUGAUGUGAAUGCUUUAUCAAAUACAACUGAAGCUACGAAUCCUGAGAGUGCAUCGUUUUACUCAGGACGCUUUCAAUUAGUAGAAUUUGAUCUUCGUUUUCCUUCUGCAAAUUUUGUUGAGUUGCUUACUGGAAAUUUGUGUCAGCUUUCUCUUAAUCUACCAACCCUUUUCUUAGCGGAAUGUGUACUUGUCUACAUGCCCUCUCAUUCAAGUAUGAAUCUUCUCAAAUGUCUUUCUUCAGCGUUCAAGUUAUCCGCAUUCCUUCAUUAUGAACAAGUUAAUAUGUCUGACCGAUUUGGCCUGAUAAUGGCAGAAAACUUCCGUGCGCGUUCCUGUAAUCUCCCUGGUCUAGAUUGUUGUGAAUCAUUAUUCUCUCAAGAACAACGGUGUUUAUGUGUUACAGAUUAUUUUUUGUCAAUGGAUUGGCUAAAAGUUACAUUUCAUUAUGAAUGGAUGGAAAGUGGCCAAGGCUUGGACGAUAAAUGA